AUGAAAGGUGUUUUAACUAGAAAACAAAGAGUAUUUAACUAUCGCUUAAGCCAUGCCCGAAUGACGGUUGAGAACACAUUUGGCAAGUGGAAAGGCCGCUUUAUUAGAUUUAUCAAGCGUGUUGAUAUGGAGGUAAAAAACUUGGUUAUUAUUGUCUUAGCGUCAUGCAUUUUACAUAACAUUUGUGAAGUGCAAAAUAACAACUUUCUGCCACAGUGGGAAGAAAAUGUUAACCUGCAAGAACUUGCAGUGCCAACCGAUGACGUAGUAGAAGAAGAUGGAGAAGACAUUCGAGAAAUAUUAACUGAGUUUUUUAUGUCAGGAUAA